GGGCUCCAAUUAAGUAAAUGAUAUAAGUAUGUACUGAGUAUGUAAAUUAUGUAUCCACAUGAUCUAUCUCUCUCUCACACACACAAACACAUCUUAUAAAGUGGAAACGCGGGGAAAAUUUCACAAAAGACAGCGUCCUUUACACAACAACCAAUCAAAGCUCAUGACUUUUUGAGUGACAUCUAUCCUAACCAAUCAACUUUAGCCAGUAACCAACGUGACCAAUGGGCAGUCGUGUUUACUUUUUAAGGCGUAGCUUACUAUUCAGGAAGUUUUCCCCUCACUGCUGCAACUGCGUGCAGGUCUGCAUGGACGCGACCCAGCAGAUCGAGGACUCUUUCUUCGGAGAGGAGGAUGACUCUGAUGAUGAACAUGAACUGGGAGAAGGAAAGAAACAAACAGAGCCACUGGCCGUACUGAAAGUGUUCAAAAACAACCACAUCCCAGAGACAGAGGUGCCUCUCUACCAGGGAGAGAACGUUUUGGGGAGAGACUCUGCCUCUUGCUCUGUGCCGCUCCAAGCCCGUUCCGUAUCCAGCCGGCAUGCUGUCAUCUCCAUCUCCGUGUUUGACGCUGAUGACCGGCGUGCGCACAGUGAGGCCACGGAGGCCCUGCUGUGGGACCUGGGAAGUUUAAAUGGCACCAGGAAGGGUCGGCUUAAACUGACCCCACACGUACGCUACGCGCUGACCGAGGGGGAUGGCGUGGUGCUCGCUGAUCUGCCCUGUCAGUACGUGAGCCUGAAGAACACGGAGAGGAACACAAAGACAUCCACAGCUGAUGUCGGGAGAGAGAAAGCGAAGGGUUCGACGUCCACCGGCAGUAGCUCGGAAGAAGGCAGGACGGGGAAAGGAGUGGAGAAUGGCAGGAAGAAGUGUGCGCUGCCUCCUGUGCCAGUGUGGACUGAUGAAGCGAAAAGUCUUCAAUCAAUACAGAUGACCCCGAAAAAGCCAGAGACGACCCUAGUGCCCGAGUCUGACUCGGACUCUGAUGGAGAGAAGCAUGGAAGAAGAGAGAGAAGGAGGAUUGUGGUCUCAGACUCGGCUUCUUCCGACCUUUCCAGCCCGACGUGUUCAACGUUCCUGACCCCAGCAAACAAAAUCAUUCCAGAGAGUGAGGAUGAGAGCUCCAUUACUCCAUCCCCAGCACUGAAGGGUAGAUUUCUAAAGACGGGGAAUGACACUGAGGUCUCCUCAGACUCCUCUAAACCUGACCCACUGCACUUGGACAUAGACAGUGAUACAGAUGUUGAGGAUGAAGAGGUGGAAAUGACGAAGGCUACGCCCGGAUUUGAGACUGCUGUCAGAGCGCAAGUGGAUGCCGUAAAUCCUGCUGAUAUGCAUAUGGACAGUGACACUGAUGUAGAGGAGGAGGCGAUGGAGAAGGCCAGGAGUGAUCCAGAAGCUUCAGCUGCACCUUCAAAGCAGGACUCGGUAAAUCCAGCUGCUCUGUCCAUGGACAGCGAUACAGAUGUAGAGGAGAAUGAGCCUGUUGAAACGGACACCGCUCCGCUUUCUGGACCCAAGGCUGCUCUGGACGAGAAGAAAGAACCAGCGGGUUCUGCCCCGUUUCACUUGGAGAGCGAUACCGAUGUAGACGAUGAGGAUGUUCCUCCUAUCCAAGAGUCCAGACCUCCAACCAGUCAUGUAGCUGAGCUCAACAUGAACAGCGAUACUGAUGUCGAGGACGACGAGGACACAACAAAAGCUAUCGAGCCACCUUCAGGCACUGAGGCGGACAGCAAAGAUCUGGGGAAAACGGCCAAAUCUCUAGACGGCGUCAAUGUUCCAGAUGCCAAAAUGUUGCGUCAUCAGUCAGACAGUGAUACAGAUGUGGAGGACGAUAUCACCGAGAUCAGAACUCCCACAGUAGCCAACGUAACAGGAAGCUCUCGGACGCGUUCAGAGAUUCAGACCGCUGAUGAACGCGGCACAGACGCGCGGCAAGACAGUCCUCUUCAAGUCCAACCGGUGCGGGACGAGGUCAGGCUGGACAGCGACACGGACGUGGAGGAGGAUGAAGAGAAGGUGGAGGAGAAUGAGCGGAAGUGUGCAGAAGCAGCAGUACAGAUUGUCCACUCGUCUACACCAAGAAGUGCAGGCUUGUCUGAAGAGGAGAUGGAAACACAAGCGUUCCUCAGUCCACCUCAGCUGUUCAAACGGCCGGUUCUCCCCUCUCUCCUCCACCCUUCUGUCUCUCCUGGAGGUGUCAGUCACACUGAUGACGACUUUGCCGUGGCUGAAACUCAGUCCUUUGUGUGUGAUGCUGCUCAAGCUGAUGCUACGCUAGACGAGACGCCUCAGUUUCUGGGUGGCCCUGAAUCUCGGCGCUCAGGUGGAGCCUCAUCCUCCCAGCUGGGCUUUUCAGACAUCAGCCAUCAACUGGCAGAAGCCAGGGAACCUGCAGAGGAGGACUGGCAACUACAGGCAACUCAGUUAUACGCUAUGAAAAAUUCAGAAGGCAGUACUAAAGCUGGGAAAUCGCUGGAUCUAGAUGCUACACAGGCUUACGCUGAUGUCCCAGGCCAAGAGGAGGAGGAUGAUGGUGGAAAAGAGGAGGAAGAAGAGGAGACGCAGCCACUGGCCGCUCCGGGCCACUCCAGCAUCCACAUUGCUGAAACACAGCUCAGCAAACACAGAGCCCAGAAUGAAGAUAACAGCGAUCAUGAUGCUAAUAAGGAGGUCGUUGCUAGUGAACCAGAAAGAAAGGCAGAAGAGGAUAUUAAUGCUCAGAUGCAAGUGGAUUCACAUCUCUACUCUGCAGACACUCUGCUGAUCGUCAGGAGCCCGAGGCAGGAGGAGCAGACUACUCAACCCUACGCUUUCCUCAUGGCCCAAAUUCAGAAAGAACAGGAGGAGACGGAGAAAGAGGAGCAUGAGAACAAAGAUCAAGAGGUACAAGAGACGGAUGAGGAAGAAAGGGCUCGAAAUGCAGUGAAUGAAAGCGUGGGACAAGAGAAUGAUGCGGAGAAAAGAAAAGAAAAUGACAGAACGGUGACGGAAAAGAAGAAUGAAGUGACUAGUGACGGGCCAGAAGAGGAGAAGAAGGAAAGGGACGAGAAUAGAGUAGAAAAUGACGAUAAAGUAGAUGAAGCGCGAACACAUCCUGCUGAGGCUGAUGCUAUUGUUGAAACACUGUCUGCGUGUGAGGAAGAAGAGCAGGAGGAAGAGCAGCGGAAUGAACCUAGCUCCAGCAGAGGAACACCGCCUGCUGAGGUUGAAUCAACACAGCGUCUCGAGCCUGAUCAUGCUCAUGUUGCUAUUGCUGAAACACUGCCUAUGUGUGAUGAAGACGAAGGACAGGAGGAAGAUGAGAAUAAACCUAAGAGUAGCAGAAGACCUGGUAGAGGGAGACGGGCUGCUAAAGUUGAUCCUGUCGAGUCUGACAAAGUCACCAGUGUGACCGUUGCUGAAACGCAGCCUAUGUGUGAGGAGGAUAAGGAGGAACAGGAAGAAGAGCAACAGAGUGAAGCCAUAUCUACCAAGAGAUCCAGUACGAGGAGACGUAACGCUAAGGCGAAGCCAGCAAAACCUGUCGAGUCUCGUGUCGCCAUUCUUGAAACCCUACCGAUGUGUGAAGAAGAGGAAGAACGGGAGGAAAUGCCACAGAGUGAAGCCAAAUCUGGUAGAAAAUCCCGCAGAGGAAGGCUGACUUCUAAAGUUGAGCCCACACAACCUCUCGAUCCCGAUUCUUCUGCUGAAACAAUGAAGAUGGAUGGACAGGAGGAAGAGCAAGACUGUCGGAGGAGCCUGAGAGGAAAAGAAACAGCAACAGCAGCAUCUGGCAAGGGUAAAGGCAGAGGAAGAGCUACGGCAGAGAAAGAGAAGAGAGGGAAGCGAGUGAAAGUAGUGCAAGAGUUGGACAGUGAAGAAGAGGUAGACCAAGGGAACAAAGGAAGAGGACGAAAGAAGACGAGGCAGAAAUCCAAAGAUGAUGCCGAGGCCAGACUCGAGCUAGUGGAAGCUGAUCAUGAAGAAAUAGAGCAUUUAAAAACGCAAGAGAAAGAGGAGGAAAGUGAGAGACUGCAGAGGGGGAAGAAGGAAGAAGAAGAUCGGCUAGAAAGAGAGAGGAAGGAGGGGGAAGAGAGGGAAGAACGUGAACUGGAGAGAGCGAGAACGGAGAGCGAAAAGAAGGAAAGAGAAGAGAAAGAGAUGGAAAGUUUGGAAAGGAAGAAGCAGCCGGAAAAAGAAAGGAGAGAACAAGAAGAAAAAGACAGGGUAGAACACGAGAGGAUUGAUGGAGAAAAUAAGGAAAAGGAAGAAAAGGAGAUGAGGGAAAGACAAGCGCUUGAGCAAACGCUUGAAAAAGAAAGGAAAAAACAAGAAGAAAUGGACCGAUUAGCAAGAGAAAAAAAGGAUAGAGAAGAGAAAGAACAGCUAGAGAAAGAAACGAGGGAAGAGAAGGAAAAACAAGAAAAAGAAAUGGAACAAAAGGAGAAGGAAAAAGAGAGUAAAGACAAUAAAGAGGGUGUGGGAAAAGAAAAGAGACCAGCACCAGGAAAACGGAAAGCGGGGCUAGAAAGAAAGGGAGGGAAAAGCAAGAAAGAGGAGGAUCAAGAAUUAGAAGAAGGAACUAAAGAAAGACUGGACUCUGAACAAGAAUUAAGUGAGCUACAAAAACAAGAAUGUGAAGAAGGGAGCAGUAAAAAGCAAGAGGAUGAACAAGCCGAGAGUGAAGCGAAACCCAGACGAGGCAGACGCGCUGCCAGGAAAUCUGUUGCGCCGCCUGCUGGUGUGGAGGACGAAGGCGGUCCAGCUAAAAGAACUCGCUCGCGCUCCAACUCCUCUAACUCUGUGUGUUCAGAGCAGUCCACUCAGGAUAGCCUGACCGAAGGAAGAAGAAGGGGGGGAAGGAGGAAAGCUGUUGAAGAAGUGAAUGAGACAGGCAGGCCAUCAGGCAGAAGAAGAACUACCACAGCACCCUCUACUGAGAAGGAGGACGUAAAGCAGGCUGCUCACUCUCGCUCCAACUCCAGGAGCUCUGACGGAUCCAGCAGCAGUGUGGCCACUCAGAACCGAGGCAGGGGGAGGAACGGGAGGAAGAGUGUGAAAGCAGAAGAGCCGGAGGAGGGAGAACAGUCAGCACCUGUGUGGAGAGGAAGAGGGAGAGGAAGAGGAAGAGGUGGGAAAUGUCCUGGGUCAAAUGACGUUAAAGCGGAGGCGGCAGGUGAGCCAGAGAAGGAGGAGGCUGAGGUUAUGGCUGAUGCUGAGGACAGUGUUAUGAGCCAAAGCAGCAGCAGGGGGCGUAAAAGAGGUGCUGAUGUUUCUAUGCUGAUAGCAGAAACUCCACAGACUCCUAAAACCCCUCGCCGCUCUCUAGCCGGACAGACACCCAAGGUUCUGUUUACAGGAGUAGUGGAUGAGGAUGGGGAGAAGGUGGUGGUGCGUCUGGGUGGAGGGCUGGCGAAAGGUGUGGGUGAUAUGACUCACCUAGUGACCGAUAAAGUCCGUCGUACCGUUAAGUUCCUGUGUGCCGUGGCCCGAGGAGUUCCGAUCGUUACCCCUGACUGGUUGAGUAAGUGUGGUAAAGCAGGAAGCUUCCUCUCCCCUAAUGGAUUCUUAGUGAAAGAUGUAGAGCAAGAGAAGAGAUUUAACUUCAGUCUGCAGGAAGCUCUGAGAGUAGCCAACUCUCAGCCCUUAUUGCAGGGCUAUGAAAUUCAUGUAACACCCUCUGUGAAGCCUGAGCCGUCUCAGAUGAAAGAAAUCAUCACUUGCUCUGGGGCACGCUUUCUUCCCAAAAUGCCCUCUGCUCGCAAGGCUCAGACGGUGGUGGUGGUGUCGUGUGAAGAGGACCGGGCACUGUGUGAAAGAGCUCGGAGUUUGUCUUUUCCUGUGGUCAGUGCCGAGUUCCUGCUGACUGGCAUUCUACAGCAAAAAGCGGACGUACAAACACACGCGCUCUCUCUCUCACCUGCCGCUGCAGCGCCCAAACCUGCCGCCCGAGCUCGUAGAAAGUAGUUUCUGGCAUAAAAAAACAAACAACAAAAAACGCCCAUGUGGAGUCUUGUGAGGACUGGCGUGUGAGGUGAUAUCUUCAGAGCACUUCGGGUCCUUAUCGAGAUCUGCUAUGCGUGAAACUGAGAUGUUCUCCAAGCCUGCGUACAGCUUUGAACCCUCAAGUAAUUUUUAAGCUAUACUCUUUGGAAAAACUAGUACUAAACUGUACCUGUCCUUGUUGCUGGGUUGGUAGCUUUAAUGGUACAUCCUUUGUUCAUUUGAUAUGCAUCUUUCACCUGGAAAUGCGGAAAUACGGUAGUGUCAUUUUUUUAAAAACAUGAUUUAAGGUACAUAAAUGGACUGUAAUUUGUUUUUAGGGUAAAGCUUUAAUUAAAGGUACACUAUAUGCAUCUGAGGUGACAAACUGAUGUUCGGUCAACGCCAGCCCUUUCAUCGGGCUAAGGUUGGGCGCCAGGGUCGACGGCCACCUUUAAAUCCACCAUGCCGGCGUCGGCCAUCGUGAUGUGGCAAGGCUGGGUGCCACCUUUUUAAAUCCAUGUUAUGAAAAGUGUAUCUCGGCUAACAUUGUGUUGAAAGUCAGCAGGGUUGUAACAAAAUGUGAUCGAGCCCGUUUCCAGAGUUGACACGACGCAAAUAAACGCUGGGCCAACAUAAGUUUUCCACUUGACACUUUUCUCAUGAAAAGACGUUCAUUAAAGUUACAAAAGAUGUCACCCUGGGGCUCGGUGGCUUAGUGGUCAGCAUGUCUGCCUCGCACCUACAGGGUUGGGGGUUCGAGUCCCGCCUCUGCCCUGCGUCUGUGGCAUUUGCAUGUUCUCCCAUGUUUCUGGGGUUUCCUCCGGACACUUCCUCCGGUUUCCUUCCCCAGUGCAAAGACAUGCAUUGUAGGCUGAUUGGUGUUUCCAAAUUGUCCUUAGUGUGUGAAUGGCCCUGCGGUGGGUUGGCAUCCCGUCCGGGGUGUCCUCCCGCCAUCUCCCUGAGAUAUGCUCCAGGCUCCACGUGCCCCUAUGUAUGAUUAGAUGGAUGGAUGGAAAGUUUCACACAUGAAGGCACCAAUCCCAGCAACAGUAUCCCAUAUGAAUAAACUUUUGUUAGAUAAA